AUGGCUUUCCAAGACCAGAAGACAGCCACCUCAGGGUCCGACACCUACUCGCAGGCUGAGGUAGGCAGCUCGCAGCCAAUCAAACGUGGCCGCUUUUCUGUUGCUGUCGACCAGGAACCUAGCAGUUUCGCUGCUACUCCGAAUGCCUCCAAUGCCGACUUCGACCCUAUUCCGCCGUCGAAACGAACUUGGGGUACAGGCAGUUAUGUAGCCUACUGGAUGGCGGAUGCUUGGGCUGUGUCUAAUUGGGAGGUCGCUUCAUCUAUGAUCGCUGCGGGGCUGAGUUGGCGGAUGGCAAUUGGAGCUUGUGUUCUCGGAAACACCAUCAUGGGCCUUGUCAUUACCAUGAACGGUCGCAUCGGUGCUACUCUCCACACCCCAUUCCCCAUCCUCGCUCGAGUGCCCUUUGGCUACUACUUCAGCUACUUUGUUGUCAUAUCGCGCUGCGCGCUCGCUAUUAUUUGGCUUGGUGUACAAACGGUGACUGGCGGUCAGUGCAUGGAAGUCCUGCUCACUGCCAUCUGGCCAAGCUUCCGGAACAUCCCCAAUCACGUCCCAGAGAGUCAAGGCCUCAAAACUGGUGGAUUUGUCGCCUUCUUCCUCUACUUCCUGCUUCAACUACCAUUUUUGUGCAUUCCCUACACAAAGAUUCAGUACUUCUUUGGCUUCAAGUCCAUCAUCGCCCCGAUUAUAUUCCUUGCUGUGUUCGGAUCGACUCUACAUAAGGCUGGCGGAACUAUUAGCAAGAGCACCGUCAUCACGGAUGGUACUAAGGUGCAUGGAUCAGUCCUUGCCUGGUCGUUCUUCUCCAAUCUCAACUCUGUCUUGGGUAAUUACUCAACGCUCGGUCUGAAUAUUGCCGAUUUCUCGAGAUAUGCCAACAAGCCAAGCGCACAAAAUGUCCAGGCGUUCGUCAUUCCAUUCAUCUUCACCAUCGUCGGUCUGCUUGGCAUCUUCACGGCUGCGGCUGCGGAACCUGCUUACGGUCACGUUAUUUGGAACCCAAUCGAAAUUAUCGACCUAUGGAUGGAGUCUGGCUCGCACGGCGGUCGGGCUGCUGCUGCAUUUGGUGCCAUCGGCCUGCUCAUCGUCACGCUCGGUAUCAACAUCUCCGCCAACUCAAUCAGUGCCGCCAACGAUCUCGUCGCCUUCUGCCCCAAAUACAUCAACAUUCGUCGUGGUCAGCUUCUCGCCGCCUUCAUCGGAGCCUGGGCCUGUGUCCCAUGGAAGAUUUUGGCCUCGGCACAAAAGUUUCUCGCCUUCCUUAGUGGCUAUACUAUCUUCUUGGGACCGAUGACUGCCAUUUUGAUGACGGAUUACUACAUUUCCCGUCGUGGAAAUGUGUCGGUUCCCGAUAUGUACAAUUUCGAUGGCAUGUACCGCUACUCGGCACGCUAUGCUACCAAUUGGCGUAGCGUCGUUGCGCUCAUUGUUGGUUUCGUACCACCGCUUCCUGGCUUCAUUAACAGUGUGUCCCUCAACACGAUCGAUAUCGAUGACGGUGGAAAGCACCUCUUUGCCAUCGGCUACAUCUACUCCUUCAUCGCCGCCGGAAUAUUUUAUUGGGGCCUGAUGAAGUGGUUCCCACACACGCCCAGCAUGCUGUCCGAGCCGAACACUGGGGAGGAUAUCAUCGCCGCAUCUGAUGAGAAGCAGCUUCUCGCUGGUACGAGGAAGCCGCAGAGGGGACUUCGCGAUCUCUUGCGCAAGUCGCGCAAUCGCCAGAGCAGCGUAUGAGAUGAUGGUAUUGCGUGUGCGUGACGUCUUUUGGGACGUUUCUAGAGUUUCACGCGCACUCGAUACAUGUUCUAGUUUGAAAUCAAUCACCUAGCCGCUGAAGUGGUUUUUC